AUGCACUUCUCAACUGCCUCCUUCCUCGCGGUGCUUACCGCCUCCUUUGCCACCGCAGAGCAAAUGCAAAUCAACUACUACAACGACGCGUGCAGCUCCUACGCCGGCCAAGUCGACGUCACCUGGGCGACCAAGCUCUACGGCGGGCCCGACAACUGCUACAACUACCACUUUGGCCAGUUUGCCAACAUUGCCAACUGCUACGAGGGCCGCUGCCUGUGCAACUUCUUCAGCGGACAGAAUUGCGGAGGCAACAACAUUGGUCAGGCCAACAACGGGGGCAACUGUGUCCAGGUGCAGAACGCUCAGUCCUUUGCGUGCUACUACAGCUGA